AUGGAGGAGUGGAGGACCAGGAUGAAGAGAGCUCUCGACCGCGAGCCUGGCACAAAGGGGGUGGGCAAGCUCUUGCUCGACUCGGAGCUGCCCCCGGGCGCCGAGCCCAGCACCUCACGGGGCGGUGGGGGUCUGCAUGGAGACUUGCUUCCCAUCCACCCUGCUUUAGUCGUACAGGGCCUGGAGGGAAUCACGAAGGACAACCUCCACUGGGUCCGCUUUGUCCUGGUCUGCCUUGACUUCCUCUACUGCUCUGCCUGGGCAAAGCCGGUUUGUGUGCCCAUGGGCCGGACCCUGGGUGCAAAUCAGAAGGUGGCCAUCCAACGGCUGGGGUCCCAGGUUGAUCGCCUGAUCGCCAGGAAGGAGAAGCUACCUUCCGCUAAGGCGGCGGCCUCGAAACUUUGCUCAAAAAGAUUCGACUACAAUGGCCAGCCUGUGGACCACAUGAAGGACCUCGACGCCACCAAGGUUAUCAAGGCGUGGCCUCGUGUUGCGUCAGCCGCGGUGGUGGACCUGAAGGACUGCCUCCCACCAGACUUGGCAGCCGCCCUUGACAAUCCCCGGCAGUACCUCCUUCCAGAAGCUGAACUGCCAGACCGACACCGGGGAUCGAGGGUCAGGGCUUCGGAGACGGAGUGGCAUAAGAUAGUGCGAGCCGGUUACGACCGAGGCAUGUUUGUUGCCGUCGAUGACUCUGAGGUGCCAACAGACAAGCGGGGGCAUCUCAUCACCAAUGGAGCCGGGGCCGUCACCAAAAUGAAGAAGGAGGACGGCCGCGACGUGGAGGCGCAGAGAUUCAUCUCGAUCCUGUGCCCAACAAACGACGCCAUGCGGUUGCUGCCUGGGGUGCAAGACAAGCUCCCCUACAUAGGCCAGCUCACCGCGGUGAUGGCGGAGAAGGACUCCUACUUGGUCCUAGACUCGGAGGACCUCCAGUCGGCAUUCAACCUGUUUCGUAUGCCGCUGGAGUGGGCACCUUUCUUCAGUUUUGCCCAAAAGGUGAGAGGUGAUGCGCUGGGCGGCUCACCGAACACAUGGCUUCGGCCUGGUCUUAGGGUUGUCCCUAUGGGCUGGACCUCGGCGGUCACCCUCAUCCAGGCAGCGAUCCGCCACAUAGCUUAUUCCAUUGCGAAAAUUCCUCCCCACGGGGAUGUCACGAUGGAUGACGAGCUGCCGUCGUCGGGGGCCUAUACGAUCCUCUACUUGGACAACUAUGAUGAGAUCCGCCACCUCAAGAAAGAGCUGGCUGAGGAACAGGCUGGCGCGCCGUCAGCCAACCACGUGAAAUUCAUCGACGCCUGCAAUUCCUUAGGCCUCCCGCGGAACGAGGCUAAGCAGCUCUGCGGCUCUUUGACCGGGGCCCUCCAAGGAGGAGAAAUCCUGGGAGAAAGCAGAGUGCUCAGGCACUCGUACGACAAGACCGUGGAACUGAUCGGCCUCGGCAUGGGACUGCUGGUCAAUGGGACCAUGCCCGAGCACUGCCUACGGCACUGGACGGGGAAAGCAGCCUUUGCAGCCGCUUUCCGGCGCCCGAUGUAUUCUGUCCUCCAGGAGGUGUACGGAGUCCUGGACUCGAGCAAGGCCGGGGCCCACCUGGCACUCCCGCUUCCGGUGGUUGACGAGGUCCUGGUGUUCACGGGGCUCCUCGCCUUAGCGGAGACCGACCUCUCCUCGGAAAUCUCUGGGGAGAUUAGCUGCACAGACGCCUCACCAACCGGGGGCGGUUGCUCGGUGGCGACGGCUUUCAAGUCUGCGACCCUAAUCCUUCCUGACCCGGUGGUCGAUGAGAACCUGUGCGGCUGCUGCCAAAGGGAGAUGCAGGAGCCGGCCUGGCGCACCUACCCGUGCUCCCGGCGCUGUGGUCUGAGGAUGUGCUCUCUGGCAUGCUCCCGGGCCCACGCGGACUCUUGUACGAGGAAGUGGUGGCACACCCCGGCCUUCGGAGAGAGGUUCUCGGGCAGGGCGUUUCCCUUUACGAAGGCGGUGGCCCUGAAGGGAAUCUCGACCCAACCUCCUCUCGACUACGACGUCCCGGGGGACACUUGGGAUUACCGCACAGAGGACGGUAAAGCCCGGCUGGACGAACAAGAGGCAGACGGAGAUCUGCUAUGGAGCCACUGGUCGCCAACGAGAAUCACUUUCCUCACCGACCGCACCACAGGUUACUGGGAUUGGCAAGGGCACUGGGUGGAUGGCGCCACUCAGCUGCGAGACCGCAGGCACCCAGAAGGCCUGCCGCGCCUUAAGCAACACCUUGGGGUUUCUGUUCGGCAAGCCAACGCCCUGGCGAAAAGAGCAGCUCGGGGUCUCACGGAGGCCAACAGGAGGGGACGCUUUGCUUCGCUGGAGCACCCGUACUACUCCUACCUUUGGGACCUCCCCGAGGUAAAAGCUCUCCAAGGAGAAGGCUGGUACCACUCUGUCUUCUCCACCUGCUGCCACGGUGGGUCCAGAGAGACCUGGUUGUGUGUUCUGCACAAUUCUCCCUCGCUUCACGCAGUGCUCCACCGGCCAGAGUGCCCUGGGCACGACAACUUGGAGCUGCCAAGGGAGGACGAGGAUGAAGAUGAGUUCUCAGAGUACCCCUGGGCCCUCUGCUUGGUGAUGGCGGAGGGAGUUUACGAUGAGCUGAACUCGCGCUACUCCGAGCCCUUCGGUUCCCUUCCGCUCAACCUCGACCGCCUCUUGGAGCACCAGCUCCGUGGUGCCACGAAAGGCCUUCAGCAAGACGCUGCCGUCCAAUGGGCGGUCUCCCAGUGCGCCUCCUUCCUGGAAAAGAUGGAGGCAGGAGAAGAGAAGGAGCACUUCAAAUGGCUCCUGAGGCAUGCCUACCACACUGGCUGCGAUGUGCGCCUCACCGACAGGGGCGACGACAUCAUGGGGCAUCGCCCGGGCCCGUACCCCGCCUUUCGGUGGCUCUGGAGAGACGUGCUCUCCUACCGUUGGCGGGAGCCCCAGCACAUAAAUGUGCUUGAGAUGACGGCCUUCCUCACCGAGCUUCGGCGCCGUGCCCGCAGCACCAAUGAGCUUGGAAAGAGGUUUUUCUGUAUCCUGGACUCCCUGGUCUCGUUCUACGUCCUGGGAAAAGGCCGAUCAUCUUCAAAGAGAUUGAACAGAGUGAGCCGCCGCAUUGCAAGCCUCUCGCUUGCGUCUGGUUUGAUCCCCAUGACCCUCUGGACGAUCAGCAAAUGGAACUACUCUGAUGGUGCGUCGCGGAAAUAUGAACCGCAAUGA